AUGGCUAUAUACGAACAAUAUGAAUACGUAGAUAUGAUACACGUGCUUCAUGAGUGUCAUGAAAACGUAGUAGACGCAGCAAGAUUGUAUGCCGAACGCUUCCCUGAUCGUAAUCGUCAUCCAUGCAUUCAAGUCCUUAAUCGCCUCCAAGAUCGUAUCCGCAAUCAUCGGCCCAUCGUUCCAGUUCCUUCGAGAGAUGUUGGUAAUCCUCGAAAUCACAGGCGAGAUGCACAAAUUCUCAAUUACUUUGAUCGUCAUCCUGAAUCAAGCACUAGAAGGGCUGCACGGCACCUCAACAUCAAUCACGUCACAAUCCAUAAAACUUUGAAACAUGACGGUCUUUAUCCCUAUCAUUAUACUCCUGUACAAUAUCUAGAGGAUGGUGAUCUACCUGUUAGACUUCGGUUCUGUCGAUGGUUCAGACGACAAGUGCGGUAUGAAGACUUUCUAAAAAACAUUCUUUGGACUGAUGAGGCUAUCUUCCGGCAAGAUAGCCCAUACAAUUUACACAAUGAGCACAUAUAUGCCCAUGAAAAUCCGAGAUGUGUCCGUGAAAAAAUAACUCAGCGUCGGUUUCAAGUUCACGUCUGGUGCGGCUUGAUUCAUAAUCAAUUGAUCGGUCCAGUCAUUCUACCGAAUGCCGUCAAUGGGGACGUUUACCUGGAGAUUUUACGUGAUCUCCCACAGCUGCUAGAAGACGUACCUCUGCAAAGAAGAGCAAACAUUAUCUGGCAGCAGUAUGGUGCGACUGCUCAUCGACGUAGGGAUGUACUGAAUUGCUUGGAUAAUCUAUUUCCUGAUGGAUGGAUAGGUUUGGAAUCAUGGUAUCGAGAGUGGCCCCCCAGAUCACCAGAUAUGACGCCGUUAGAUUUCUUCUUGUGGGGAUACCUCAAGGAUAAAGUGUAUGCUACUCCGGUACUAGAUGAAAAAGAUCUUAAAAAUAGAAUAAUAGAAGAAGCCUUAGCCAUUCCUCCAGAAAUGAUUAAACGAGCAACGAACAGAGUGUUAACCGUCGUCAAUCAGUGUAUUGAAGAAGAUGGUGGUCACGCAGAGCAGCUACGAUAG